CUCAGAGGGUCCGGUUGCUUCUCUAAAGGUUUGCCCAGGUUUGAGGAGUGGGAUUAUAAACUUUUGAUGGAAAUCUCCAGGAGGAUCCCUCUUUGAAAUGGCAUCAGACAGCGAGGUGAAAACGUUACUGAAUUUUGUGAACCUGGCCUCUAGUGACAUCAAAGCUGCUCUGGACAAGUCUGCUCCCUGCCGCCGCUCAGUUGACCACAGAAAAUACUUGCAGAAGCAGCUCAAGCGUUUUUCUCAGAAAUAUUCCAGGAUCCCAAGAUGCCACCCCAGCAAAUCCAUGGAAUCCAGCUCCAAACGGGGGGCAGAGGAUAGAAAUCGCAGUUCAGACCCAGAUGGCCCGGAUGCAAAUCACUGCAAAGCGUCCAGUGAAAAGGCCCUGAGGCUAUCAGAGGUGGAGGAGAACUUCAGUGGGGGACAGGUUUUGCAAGAGCAAAGCCCAGAGUCUUUAAGGCCAGAUCAGGUGCCCAUGAGGAAAAGACAGCUGCCUGCUUCCUUCUGGGAAGAACCCAGACCAACUCAGAGUCUGCUGGUCGGGAGCUUUCCUGCCGGAUUGGAUGGGCUCCCAAACUCCAGGGACCUCCCUCCUUACGAGGGCAAGAAAAGCAAAAAGGGUCCUGAUACCACUGAGCCAGGCAGCCCCCCUCUGCCUGCCCAGCCCAGUGGGGAGAAGGAGCCUAUCAAAGUGCCUGGGACAUCCUUAUCUGGCCGGAUGAAUGCCUGGAGCUGCUGUCCAUUUCAGUACCAUGGACAACCUGUUUACCAAACCCAUGGAGCCCUACCUCAAUCACCCUUUCCAGGCCUGGGGCUAUGGAGGAAAAGCACAGCACCCGCAGGGGAGAUCCAACACUUCUGCAAGGAGGCGGGCAGUAUGGGGCAGAAACUAUACAGACCAGUGGUUUUGAAACCCAUCCCUACCAAGCCGGCAGUGCCACCUCCUAUUUUCAAUGUGUUUGGAUACAUUUAGCCUGAGGGAAGGGAGGGGAUUUUGUGCUGUGUACGGUAGCUCUUUCAAAUGAAAUUGAAAUGUAACUUCAGCCAUUGGCCCAUCAGCCAGUCACACUGUGGAGCAAUUCUUAGGGAAAGAAUCUGCUAUCAUUUCCAUCUGUCUAUAGACGGGUAGCUAUUACAGGCUGCUCCUUUAAUCAGAAAGGCACAAGCUGGCUGACUUAAAUAGUGGUUGUGAAUACUUUUGGGUGUCAGUCUCCUCUCACUGCACUGGUAUAAAUCAGGAAUAACUCUUACUGAAGCCAGUGCAGUUAAAUGUCAGGAGAACUGGGCCUCUUGUAUUUAAGAUAAUUGUUUGACCCAGGGUGUGUCAGGCUAAGAACCAUUUGGAAUCUGCACUUGUAACCCCUACAAGACCUUUUCCAUAUGGGAAUGUCUUUAUGGGGACGCCCUGCACCAGCAGCAGCAAUGACAUGAUUAAACUGAUAAUAUCUCUUGUACUUUAAAGUCAUUCUAAAGAAAUCAGUUAAGGUUUUCAGGUCACUUUCUUUUACCGAUAGGACAGUAUUUAAUGCAGAAGAUAAGUUUGUAAGUCGAUUUCAGCUCUUCUCUUGUGUAAAUAUCAAGAGAGUUUAAAAAAAAAAAUAAAGCAGGUAAUUUUGUCUCCACAUCUCGAAUAUGUUCAGAUUGCAUGUUUAUUGUCCUCCCAGCGAGUAGAUUCAGGUUCAGUUUGUAAAGGUGUUGUCAUUCAGAAAUGAGGGCCUGAUUCUCUAAUCAUUCACAGUGGUGUAAAUCAGGAAUAGCUCCACUGAAGGCUAUGAAAUUAGCCAGUUUAAAACUGGCGUGAAUGAGAGCAGACCUGCCCUGUGACAACUAAGAGAAUAGACUGGAAAUGGUUUAGCAUUUGAACAUGUAAGUGCAACACCAGUGAUAUAAGAGAGAGGAUCGGAGUGUGAACACAUUGGCACUAAAGCCUCAGGGUAUGUCUGCACCAGAAAUGCUACAGUGGCCCAGCUGCCGCACUGUAGUGUAGACACUUUACUACAGUGUCUGAAGGGCUUCUCCCAUGGCUGUCAUAAAUCCUCCCUCUCCAAGAAGCAGCAUCCAGGUUGACAGAAGAAUUCUUCCAUUGAUCUAAAGGUGUCUACAGGGGGCUUAGUUUGGCUUAACUAUGUAUCGCAGGGGGAGGGUUAAUUUUUCACAUUCCUUAGCGACAUAACUAGAUUGACCUAUGUUUUAGAUGUAGACCAAGCCUCAGCUGAUCAAGGCAAUGAGCUUCCCAGGGACAAUUCUCUACUCUGCCUGAGGACUGGUCUACACUAGGAGCUUACAUUGGCAUGGCUACACUGCUCAGGGGUGAUCCACACCCCCGAGCAAUGUAGCUAUGCUGACCUAACCCCGAGUGUAGACAGCACGAGGUGGACAGAAGAAGUGGUUUAAGUGUAGACAUGCCCUGAGUCUAAGAUGGAAAGCUGCAGAUAAAUAAGUACCCUAGUAGUUUGCACGUUAUUCACUUGCAAAGCUGGUCAUGUAUGAUGCAAUCACUUCUGAUAGGUUAAAAGGAGCGUUUUGUUAAACUUCUCUAAAGCCUACAAAGAAAUUAUGCUAAACAAAUAGGACCGGAGACUUAUGAUUAAAUAUUAUGGACUUGAUUCUC